AUGGUACCUGCAUCAUCUUCGGCAUCGAAAGCCUCGCGAAACGUGGCUUCGAAAGUCCUGUCGUCGGCACCGCAGGGAGCCUUACCAACCGAGACACGUUCGAAAUCGGGCGCAUCGCCAGCCUUACACGACCAGCAUCCAUCAGUGUCAUCCAAGGGAAAUGAAAUGUCUGGCAAAGUCGACAGGGUUAAGGAAGCCUUGACGAAGCAGCCAGCGGCACCGAUCAAACCCAGACCCCUAAACAGCCAAUGUGUUUCUACUAGGCAGGCUUCCAAGGAGAGCAAGCUCAACAGUGUUCAAGAGGUUGCCUCGCAAAGUAUUACAAUGGCACCUUUAGUGGGUCACUCCCAGGCCCAGGAACCACCGGAAGACGACGCCGACGCCUUGACUGCCUUCCCUCCAUUCGCCGCUGGCUCUAAAGAUAAAGUGAGAAGAUUCUUAGAGUCCCAGGAAUUAAGUGAGCCAGAUGACACGCCUCAGAAAAACGCUAUCAAUCAUUCCAAGACUCGUCCUCCAACGCCAUGGCCGGGCGCUGCGGAGGAUCCGGAAUUGGUUCAACCUGUUGACAACGCCCGAUCUCGAGUCUCAUCCAACCAGCCGCCUCAUAGAUCACCAGCAGAAGACAAACCUUCAAAAGUCCCCUCAUUUAAAUCCGCUGCAAAUACACAACCCGAGGAUCUAGGCUUGAAAGGCCUUAGAAUUUCCAACCCCAACAUGUACUCCCCGUUGCCGGCUAUACCUACUUCCCGAUUUAAUUUCCGGUCUGGCGAUGACAUCGCAUCUAUUAGGGAUGAUACAGGCCUGUUAACACCAAUAACCGAGGUACCAAGCGAAAUUUCUCGAGCGAGUUCACCCGUUGACUUUACAGCGAAGAUAGCCAGUGGCGAGCUUCGCCCUGUCAACGAACAACCUCGUCCUCCCAACAAGCUUCCAGGUCCCAAAUCGGUGGAGAAGCCAAUCUCUCAACGUAGUGCGCCAGUAGAACGUGAAGUUGCCAAACCAGAUCUCCCAUCAUCGUCGACCAUCCUGCCUUCCCUGCCAUAUAGACCAGGGACGCCACAGGUCCCGGUCGGCCUAUCCAAACCUGAGAAAAAACCCAUUAGCUCAACCAGUCCUCAAGUCAGACCAGACCUAUCGACUGGCAAAAGGCUCGAACAGAGACCAAGCAAACUCAGUAUUAGCAUCACUAGCAGUACCGUUGAAAAAGACGACCAGCGACGACCUGAGACGAUACCAGAAAGCCUCUUCCCCGAACCGAACUUUACCACUCCUCAACCGCGCCUCUCAUCCCCCUUCCACACAUCACGGGACAACAAACAAGCCUGGGACCUGGAAACAAUCGCGAGCGAAGACAGCUGGUUCCAGGAGAAUGAGGAUAGCGACGGAAGCGCUUCGGGAGAUAGCGGGCCUCGACGUACUCCUCCAGGACAGGUGCGGGCGAGAUUGACAGUCGAGACGGUCGAGUGUACAUUUCGGCCACCAGCUCAGACCCCGGAUCUGGAGCAAACACAGCAUGAUUCCGUGGGCCAGGUAAGGAGUGAAUUCUUUCCGCCUUGGGCAGUCGGGAGUGAGGCAUUAUCUGAGGUAGCAAGGGGUCUGAAGAGGUAA